GUUCUUCGGUUGGCCCUGUGAGUCUACUGCACUAUCUCGAUGUCACCUACACCCGGAGCGUAUUUCACACACACAAACACACACACACACACACAUACGAACCCAACAUCCCGAACUCUACCCUCGUGCCGAAGGAGUUGUUAUUGUCACGAAGUUGCUAGACUCGCCUCCCUCAGCCAGCCUCUUUGCUGUGCUAGUUAUGUGCAGGGUUGAGCAAACAACGAUAAUUUAGGCUACAUUCUCGUUCCUCACUUCCACAUGGAUGCCCAGGAGUAUGAGGAAGUCCCGGAGGAAGUUGUGGAAACCUCUUUCAUGUGUGGGGAGUGUUUCCUGCUGUUCCCAACCACAGAAGACUUUAAUGCCCAUCACUGUCAAGUGGCUGAGGUGGUGAAGGUGGAAGAUAACAGUACAGAAGAUGUGGAUGUCAACCAGCCCACUACUUCCACUCUGGAUGAGCCACAGUCUACAGAAAUACAUAUAGCAGGAACAUGGGAGGCUGGAGAGUCCGAGGCAGCCAUGGAGGAAGCUGUGGCCAGCAUCCUUGGAGAGAGAAUGAAGCGGACGGCACUUCAGGAACACCCACCCCCCGGGGUUCAGCUGGGGCACAGCUCAGAAGUGAGUGAAGUUGAAGUGGGGCUUACAAACAUUAAGGAAACCCAAGUGGAUCCUCUUCUGGAGCACACAGUUGAAGACACACAACACAUGGAAGGCAAUGUGCAGUUGGAUGCUGUGGAGAUCCCAACCACAAACCUGUACAUGUAUGACAAUCCUGUGUACCUCAACCGCCUCAUGAAGGACAACACGUUUGGCCGGCGGGUGCGUCAUGAUGCCCCAUACAGCCAACGUUUGGGUCCAUGGGAUAAUAAAUCCAGUCGCAUGCUCAUACGACUCCUUGGGGAAUAUCCAAGAGCGUAUUUCAUUUUGGAUAAAGAGUGUAAAAGAACAGAGGCUUGGGAGAUUAUUCGCAUCAGGCUGGCUGAGGCUGACUAUCAGUUCACGGUGUUGCAGAUUCGCAUGCGUUGGCGGGAGCUGUGCAAAAAAUACCGGAACACCGUCAAUCAUAAUGACAUGUUUAAAACAAGAAAAACUUGCCAAUUCUUUGAUGAAAUGAAUGAGCUUUUUGGAGUCUGGGAUCACCCGGCCACACUUCUGCUGAUUCGGCAACUUGAAGCCAAUGGGGGCAAACCUCUAGGCCAGAAUGGAGGAACUCGUAUGAGAAUCAAAGUGUGGGAGCACAUACGUCAGGUGUUGGCAUCACACGGCUACAAGUAUACCGCUGAUCAAGUUCAGGGUCGCUGGAGUAACCUGGUGACUCUGUACCAGAGGAUGGUGGAGCACAACUCACGGCCACACAAUGAGCCCAUCACCAUUGCCUUCAAGGAUCACAUUGAACGAAUAUUCAACUAUGUUCCAGAGCGUAACUCAAAGUGGCUUAAGAUAAUGGAGAAACGUGGAAAAUAUCCCAAGUCAUUGCCAAAAAAGUGGACUGUACCAGUGGAGCGGAAGUUGCUGACCUACUACAAUGAGAGAGUGUAUCGUUUUAAUAAUGACCACAUUGAUAACACCACAUUAUGGAAGGAAAUAGUUCAGAAAUUGGAAGAUGAAGAGGGAUACAGUACUACCAUUGAAAAGGUGCGAACUCGCUUCUAUGAACUGACCAAACAGUUUUCAAUGACUGAGCAACACAAUUCUCAGCCCGGCACAAUACGUCGAGAGUGCAAACACCAUGAAAUGCUAUCUGAGAUUUAUAACAUCUACAACUUUUGGCCUCAUGAUAGAUCAACAAUUAAAAUGGAAAAGACCAAUACCAUAAGAAUGAGACAAGUCAACACUCAAUUGAUGUGGAAUGAAGAUCAGUCCCGUACUCUGCUUCAGCUGUAUCCACAGGUUUUGAUGUCCCAUGUCACAAGUGGAGACCACCAGCCAAUGGAGGAACUGUGGCUGCAGUUGGCAAAGGCAUAUAUGAAUGCUACAAAUGAUCGAAAACAGUGCUAUGAGAUUGAGGAACACAUUGCCUUGAUGCGCCGGGGGUACCACAGCCAGAACCCAUUUCCUUUUGUUACUGAAAUGCAACUUCUGGAGGAAACAGAAUCAACUUUUGGUUUUGUUCCUGAUUCUCUGCCAAUUUCCGGUGACCAGUUGAUCUCAUAUUGGAGUCACAGAGCCGCACACCUCCUCUUAGAUUUGGUUAUUCAUCACCGCCAGGAAGGAGUAAAAAAUUCAGGGCUCUUUGAAGCAAUCAGUCGAGACCUUGCUGAUUAUGGAUAUAGAUACACUGGGGAAGAGUGUCGCGUGUACUAUUCCUUACUGAGGCAGGUGUACACUAACAGACUGAGGACCAUCAAGCGCAACAAGGAAAUGAUCAAACCUUUCCCAUACAUGGACAAGAUGGCAGAAGUGGACGCUGUUGUUUCACAACCAAAGUUUAUUGAAACCCCAGAAAAUCGUCACGCUGUACUUAGUGCUGCAGCUUCUAAACUGGAUGAGCUAAAGGGAAAGGAGGGUGAGGUACAGAUGCACCAUAUUGCUCACUGGCUGAUGAAUCUGAAAAUGUCCCUCAAGUGUAAAGAAGGUGUUGUUCCCCCUCCUUCUGUUAAGUGUCUGGCUCGCAUCUUGGCCGAGGCAGUAGAAGAUUCCUCACAUGAAGGAAAUUUGAAUAAGUGCUGUGCUGCUCUUAGUGACCAUCUAAACCAUCUCAAAUUGAUAGCAGGAAAAGGAAUACCAAAUGUUGAAAGUAACAUUACGUACAAAAGCAAAGGAAGGAAGACAACUGCAAAAAGUGUACCUCAGCCAAAAUAUGGAAAUGUUCAGUGGACAGAAAAAAACCUGAUUACUAUGCUAAGGAUCAUCAAAGAGUGGAAGCUUCUGUGUCAUGAUAGUGCUGAGGCAGAAGUCGUGCUGGGAAGUAGGCAGCCCGUAUGGAGGGAAGUGGCAUCAAGUAUCAGCGACCACUACAAGCUUGACCCUAUUAAGUGUUAUGAACGGUUCACCCAGCUUUGCCGGGAGUACAAGAGUGUAGUGACCUUCAAUGCCCGCCUUGGUAAAGCUGAAGGAGUUAAGUCUGUCGUGUGUCAGGGAUUGAUGGACUUCAUCAUGUCACUUGAUGUUUUCCAUGAUGCUCAGCUGGAUAUAAGAGACAGGUGGUGGGCGAGUGAUAAAAGUAGAAGCUGGGGACAUGAUGAGACUCUAGACCUUAUUUUCACUGUGAGGGAAUUGUGGACUGGAUCAGCCAAAGUGAACUGGGAUGUGGUAAGUGAUAUGAUGGCAGGUAGUGGCUACGAACAUAGUAGUGAGAGCUGCCAACAACGAUUUCAUUAUCUGUACAAGAGUUACCAGACAGCAGUGGAGCACAACCAGCACUGCAGCAUGAGGACUCGCCGCCGGCCUCCAUUUUACUACAAGAUGAGAGAUCUUUUUGGUACUUGUGAUGUAAAUUCUGCACUUGUAACAGAGGCAGCUGAAAAUCAAAAUCAAGAAAUCUGUCUUGAUAAAACACAAGUCUUGCCUGUGCUUGUUACCUUACUGGGGAAAGUUAAGGGUCAUUAUUGUCACAGUGUUCCACGAAGACCCCUCCUCUUGCUUCUUGCCCAGAAACUCAAUGAACAUUUUCAGUGUACAACGUCUGUCUUUAAUUCUUGCAAUGUGUGGAAACUUAUGGUCCAUCUCCACCAAGUUCAUUAUGAUGCUGCAGAACAUAACACCACAGUACAAGAGGACAUGAAUCUCGGGGAUCUAUGGCAGAAGAACCCCAAGCCAGUGGUGGCAUAUGGUCUUCAUGCUCUUCCUCUUCCUGGCUGGGAAAAGGCAUGCAAGUGGAAAAUCAAUGAGUUAUACUUGCUCAUAGAAGCUGCUGUCGACUUUGUGCUUCAGCAGCCAGGUUUGGAGCAGAAAGGCAAGACUGUUGAGACAGUUGCAAGCGAGUUACUGAAUGUGCAUGGUUAUGAAAAAACUAUGGAGCAGUGUCAAGAACAAUGGCAAUACAUAGUGACUACUUUCCAGAGAGGUGGCUAUAUGCAGUUUAAGGGUCAAUUUAACCUCAUCCAUAUUUUGGCCCCUUCUUUGCUGGUAUCACUCACUAAUAAUGUUUAUACCAGUGUGUCAGUAGCAACAAGUCAUCAGCAGCAACAUAUGCCCCAUGGAGCUGAAAAAACUACCGUCGCAUCAGCUCCAGAAAUUAGAGAUGCUGCAGUGAUACAUACUUUAAAAAAAAGAAAGGUGGGAAGCCAUCAUUGUAUUAGACUGGCAUCAAAGGAGGAAGCUGAUGAUGGUAAUGAAACUAGGUCAUCAGAAAAUAUUGCAUCCUAUGUACAGAUCAAUGUUCCAAACAACAGGAGUAUUGGAAAACAUCAGGCUCAGGUUUCUAUUAGCGAAGUAAAAAGAGAGGGGGGUUCAGUUUCACAUUGUACAGAGAAGGGUGUUGACAUUUCUGCUGAUAAGAAAAAUGGACAUAGUGUACUAAGGAAACAAAAAUCAAGCCAAAGGAAAAUCAAUACUAAACAAGUAAGUACUUCACCUACUGAUGUAAAGUUGACAGACUCCAAACCCUCCUUGGAAAAAGCAGAUAGCAUAAAAGCACCAAAAGAUAAAGUGCAAGUGGAAGUUUUAAGUAUAAGAAAAAACAAAAACUCCAAAUUAAUUGAAUGUCGCACAGUGGAAGGCACCAGCCCUGCCCGGACACUUAAGCUUUACUAUCCAAUAGACCACCCUCUACCUCCAAGUGUUAGGUACUUGUACAUUCCUCAAGGUAUGUUUCAUCCAAACUGUGGCUCUCUAUCAGGGAAAGAUCCAUUACCAAAUUCUCCAGAUAACCCAAUUAAAGCUUCAUCUGUGACAUAUGGCAAACAGAAGUUAAAUUGUGAAGGUGAUGAGCAAAAUGAAGACCUGGAUGGAUUAUCAGGAUACUGUGCUGUAGCUACUGAUACAACAAUAAGCUCAGAAAAAGAAGCUAUGUUGGGGCUUCUGUCUCAGUACAGUCAACAUUGCCAACAGGAAAAGCAAAGAUUACAUGACAUAAUUCAAGAAUAUCAUCAGGGUGACAUUUCUGCACUGAAAAAAGUUCUCUCUGUAUUUAAGGAACUCCAAGAGUGUGUCUGAUAUCCAUUUUUGUAUUUAUUGUUUUUUUUUUCUUUUCUUUUUUCUUUUUUUCUUUUCUUUUUUUUUCUGUGUGUGUGUCAGAACAUAUUUUAUACUGUGAUAAAGUAUUUUUUUAUUAUUCCUUCACUCAAGCUAAGUGGUGCCUUGAUGGCUUUAGUGAAUGUAAAACAACACAUACACACACACACACACACACACACACCAUGAAAUUUCUAGAAAAAAGGAGAACUGAAUCAAGAUUCUACUAUAAUUUCAAAGGAGGUUAUGUAGUCCAAGCAUUGUACAUAGGCCUCAGGUCAGAUGAUUCUCGAGACAGAUCAGCCUGAGGGCAAAUAGGCCUCAGGACAGUUGAUUUUCAGGACACUUGGUAGUUAAACCAUUUUGUCCCAAAAAUAUAAUAUGGAUUAUAGGUUUUGUGAAGGCAACAUGUGGAUCCACACACCAUUAUAACAUUUGCCAACCCAUCCAGUACUUACUUAAUCACAUAAUCACAUCCACCCAUCCAUUCACAGUAGCAGAGUGGGAGAGGGAUGAGGGGAGGCAUGCCCCUCCCAUGCCAAGUCUGUUCUCCAACUAGCCAAAAACUCCUUCAUUAACAGAAAGUGUCAAAACCUUUCAAGAUCUAACUCCCCUUGUGACUUCUGGCAUCUAGCCAAAAAUAUCUCCUAUAACUUUGCUUCUUCUUUCCCUCCUUUAUUUCAACCAGAUGGCACUACUGCUAUUACAUCUAUUUCUAAAGCUGAACUCUUUGCUCAAACCUUUGCUAAAAACUCUACCUUGGAUGAUUCUGGGCUUGUUCCUCCCUCUCCUCCACCCUCUGACCACUUCAUGCUACCUAUUAAAAUUCUUCGCAAUGAUGUUUUCCAUGCCCUUGCUGGCCUAAACCCUCAGAAGGCUUAUGGACCUGAUGGGGUCCCUCCUAUUGUUCUCUAAAACUGUGCCUCUGUGCUUGCACCUUGCCUAGUGCAAGCACAGUGCCUAGAGCUCUUUCAGCUCUGUCUGUCAACAUCUACCUUUCCUUCUUGCUGGAAGUUUGCCUACAUUCAGCCUGUUCCUAAAAAGGGUGACCGUUCUAAUCCCUCAAACUACCGUCCUAUUGCUUUAAUUUCCUGCCUAUCUAAAGUUUUUUAAUCUAUCCUCAACAGGAAGAUUCUUAAACAUCUAUCACUUCACAACCUUCUAUCUGAUCACCAGUAUGGGUUCCAUCAAGGCCGCUCUACUGGUGAUCUGGCUUUCCUUACUGAGUCUUGGUCAUCCUUUUUUAGAGAUUUUGGUGAAACUUUUGCUGUUGCCUUGGACAUAUCAAAAGCUUUUGAUAGAGUCUGGCACAAAGCUUUGAUUUCCAAACUACCCUCCUACAGCUUCUAUCCUUCUCUCUGUAAUUUCAUCUGAAGUUUCCUUUCCAACCGUUCUAUUGUUGCUGUGGUAGACAGUCAUUGUUCUUCUAAAUCUUUUAACAGUGGUGUUCCUCAGGGUUCUGUCCUGUCACCCACUCUCUUCUUAUUAUUCAUUAAUGAUCUUCUAAACCAAACUUCUUGUCCUAUCCACUGCUAUGCUGAUGAUACCAUCCUGCACUUUUCCACGUCUUUUCAUAGACAUCCAACCCUUCAGGAAGUAAACAUUUCACGCAGGAAAGCCACAGAACGCUUGACUUCUGAUCUUUCUAAAAUUUCUGAUUGUGGCAGAGCAAACUUGGUAUUGUUCAAUGCUUCAAAAACUCAAUUCCUCCAUCUAUCAACUCAACACAACCUUCCAGACAACUAUCCCCUCUUCUUCAGUGACACUCAACUGUCCCCCUCUUCUACACUGAACAUCCUUGGUCUGUCCUUUACUUAUAAUCUGAACUGGAAACUUCACAUCUCAUCUCUAGCUAAAACAGCUUCUAUGAAGUUAGGUGUUCUGAGACGUCUCCGCAAGUUUUUCUCAGCUUUUCCCGCCAGCUGCUAACUCUGUACAAGGGCCUUAUCCGUCCAUGUAUGGAGUAUGCUUCACAUGUCUGGGGGGGUUCCAUUCAUACUGCUCUUCUAGACAGGGUGGAAUCAAAAGCUUUUCGUCACAUCAACUCCUCUCCUCUAACUGACUGUCUUCAGUCUCUCUCUCAUCGCUGCAAUGUUGCAUCUCUAGCUGUCUUCUACCGUUAUUUUAAUGCUAACUGCUCUUCUGAUCUUGCUAACUGCAUGCCUCCCUUCCUCUCGCGGCCUCGCAGCACAAGACUUUCUUCUUUCUCUCACCCCUAUUCUGUCCACCUCUCUAACGCAAGAGUUAACCAGUAUUCUCAAUCAUUCAUCUCUUUCUCUGGUAAAAUCUGGAACUCCCUGCCUGCUUCUGUAUUUCCACCUUCCUAUGACUUGAGUUCCUUCAAGAGGGAGGUUUCAAGACACUUAUCCUUCAAUUUUUGACUACCGCUUUGGACCCUUUUUAUGGGACUGGAAUUUCAGUGGGCAUUUUUUUUUUUUUUAUUGGAUUUUUGUUGCCCUUGGUCAGUGUCCCUCCUACAUAAAAAAAAAAAAAAUGCUAUGGCUGUGACCCCUAUUUUAGAGCAGUGCCCCCUUUGGAAUAAUUAUAGAAAUUGGUAACACACUGAUAAAAAAAAAAAUUCAUACUCCUGGUUGAUUAAAAAAAAGUUUGGGUAAGGUAACAGACAUUUAAUAAGACGUAUUUAAUAUAAGUUUAAUUAAUGUACACAGCAUGGUUGUUUAAUAUGAGCGUGGCGCGCUUCCUCUCCUUGUUUACUUUUAUUCCUUUAUUU